AUGAAUUUGCAUUCAUCUGAAAGCUUCAUGGAUGCAUUGAAUUAUAGAAGUUCACUUUCCAUGUCAAAGGGAGAGGCCAAAGUAGUUUCUGCCCUGAAACAUAAGGAAGCUGAGAGGAAAAGGCGAGUUCGAAUCAAUAAUCAGUACGCUAAGCUGCGCAGCUUCCUUCCAAACUUAAUAAAAAGGAACAAAGCAUCAGUUCUUGCAGAGACGAUCCAGCGGGUGAAAGAGUUGGAGAAUACAGUAUCAGAAUUGAAAGAAAUAUAUGGUUUUGGUCUAUUUCCUGGUGGAAAAGAAACGCUGAGUGUAGAGUACAGCAAGAGGCAAGGACAAAGGCUUGUAAAGGUCAUGUUCAGCUGUGACGAUAAAGAGAAGCUAAUGUCAGAUAUUGAAAGGGCUGUGAUGUCAGGCAAAGGGAAGGUAGUGAGGGUAGAAAUAGUGGCAGUGUGUGGUUGGACCAAGAGUGUUUUGUGGGUUCAAGGGAUAAAUGGGAAUAGACAGUUAGAUGUUCUGAGAACGGCUUUGGACGCCAUUAUAGACCCUAUAAUGCCUAAUAGUAAGCCUGCAACAUGCAGAGAUUGAUCAUUUGCUAUCUUUAAGUGUUGUUUUAGUGAGGAAAUUGAGGAUUUAUACCAUA